AUGGCCAGAAACAAGAACAAGAAGGGCCAAGGCCAAGGCAACCAGAACCAGCCGGGCAACAGCAGCAAGCCUGAGGAGACCAAGCCCGAGGAGCAGCAGCAGUCCUCCCUAGACCAAAAGACGGAAGAGCAGAAGCCCGAAGGCACCACACCGGUCGGGGAGUUCGGUAACCCCGCAGAAGGCGAGGGUGCCCCCACCACCGAUGAGAAGAAGGCCGAAGACAGCAAGCCCGAAGACGCGGCCGCCAAGACGGACGACAAGACACAACAAGAAGAUGAGAAGAAGCCCGGCGACGACGUGAAGCCCGAAGAUGCUGCCGCCGGCGCCGACACCCAGUCAAAAGACAAGAAGCCCGAGACGGAAGAGCAAAAGCCCGUUGGCCAAGAGACCACGGACAAGAAGCAGGCCUCAUCAAACCAGGCCGGCGUCGAAGACGAAGCGGAGCCAGAGUCCGUUGUCGACAACGACAAGAAGCCCGCCGCAGGAGGCAAGGAGCAGGAGCAAGCAGAGCCCGCAAAGGUACGCUCCCGCGACUCUGGCCGCACAGAACGAGAAGCUGACCUCGAGGAGCCCACUGAACUCCAAGACGGCGAGGAAGGUGAGGGCGAGUACUACGACGACGACGAGGAGUUUGAAGAAGGCGAGGACGGCGAGGUCUACGACGACGACGAGUACUACUCUGGCGACUCGCAAGACGAGGGCGAGUACGACGACGACGAGGACUACGACUCUCAAGAGGAGGAGGAAGAGGACGACGGCGGCAACUACACGACUGCGCAAAAGGGCGGCAACCAGAACCAGCAGAUGAUGCAGCGCCAGCGCCAGCAGCAGAUGCAGCAGCAGCAACAACAGCAGAUGAUGAUGCAGCAACAGCAGCAGCAGCAGAUGCAGGGCGGCGGCGGCGGCGCGGGCAAGAACCCGCUCAAGCUGAGGCUUGACCUGAACUUGGAUAUUGAGAUUACGCUCAAGGCGAAGAUCCACGGUGAUUUGACGCUGGCAUUGCUGUGA